AGCAGUAGAAAAAUUCUGAGAGGUUGAGUUCUACUGUUCUUCGUCUUCCCUACGCGGAAUUUGUUUUCUAGUAAAUAUGGUGAAUACUCCAAGAAUUUCAAGAAAAAUUCUUGUUGCUUCUUUGGUUUUGCGAUUGGGGAUUGAGGAAAAAAGUUCGAAGUUCACAUGUCGGAUUUCUAGGUCACGACUUGUGAAAGAAACACGGAAGAGGAAAGUUGUGAAUUGAGCUUUCUAUUGUUUAUUUUGGUAAAUUUUUUUCUAGUGAAUCCAUGAAAUUUGCGAGCAGGUUGUAGACAAUGCUCGACAUUUUGUUGUUGAAGUUUCCGGAGUUCGUGAAGGUAUGAAUUUCUUUGUUUGGACAUCGAUUUGGCAGAAUGUUGGACGCUUUUAAGUUAGUAAUUAGCAUUAUAUUCAGAUUCAACUACUGGCCUUGGUUUAGAGUUGAAACGGAAGUAAUCGUGGUGAUUUUGAUGAAGGUUUUGUUGUAGAGAUUGUCAUCUUGUAUGAUAUAAUAUUGGUUAUACGAUUUUGUUCUUGCUCUGUUGGAGUUUCGUCAACUGCUGGUGAACUACUCAUUGAGUGCUGUCCUGCUAGAGUGUGAAUGGACAAUCUUCAAUGUAAUAAUUGGGCAUUAGGACGUUUAAUUUGUAGAAGAUUUAUGUGAACUAGCCCACUUUAACGAUUCUAAUUCUCUGUUUUUUCACGAUCUGAAAAUGAUGCCUCUGUCUGGUUUUUUCCCAUCCUUUGAUCACUAUGCUUUUCUCAUUUCAAAAUGCAUCAAACACAAACACUUGAAGGUUGGCAUGUCCUUGCACUCCCACCUUAUUAAGUCCGCUCUUUCGUUUGAUCCGUUCCUUGCUAACCAUCUUAUUGACAUGUAUUCCAAAUGUAAUUCUAUGGAAAAUGCGCAGAAGGCAUUUGAUGAUUUACCCUUUAAAAAUAUCCACUCGUGGAAUACCAUUCUUGCCUCCUACUCACGUGCUGGAUUUUUGAGUCAAGCUCGUAUGAUAUUUGAUGAAAUGCCUCAUCCAAAUAUUGUUAGCUACAAUACCUUGAUUUCUAGCUUUACUCACCAUGGGUUGUAUGUAGAAGCAAUGAAUAUCUUUUGGCAAAUGCAACAAGAUUUUGAUCGUUUAGUCUUGGACGAGUUUACUUUUGUGAGUAUUGUGGGUACUUGUGCCUGUUUGGGUGCUUUGGAAAUGUUGCGUCAGAUUCAUGGAGCAGCUAUUUUCAUUGGAUUGGAGUUCAAUAUGAUUGUUUGCAAUGCUGUAAUUAAUGCUUAUGGUAAAUGUGGCGAACCGGGCACAUCAUAUUCUGUUUUUAGUAGAAUGCAGAAGAGAGAUGUUGUUACCUGGACCUCCAUGGUUGUAGCCUAUACUCAGACAUCCAAGUUAGAUGAUGCUUUUCGAGUGUUCAGGAGUAUGCCAGUAAAAAAUGUUCAUACAUGGACUGCUUUGAUUAAUGCUUUUGUGAAAAACAAGUAUAGCAAUGAGGCCCUGGAUUUGUUUCAACAAAUGUUGGAGGAAAAAUAUUCUCCUAAUGCUUUCACAUUUGUAGGUGUUUUAAGUGCGUGUGCAGAUCUUGCUUUGAUAGCAAAAGGGAAAGAGAUUCAUGGAAUCAUAAUCAGAAGGAGCAGCGACCUUAAUUUUCCGAACGUAUACAUGUGUAAUGCUUUAGUUGAUUUGUACAGUAAGAGUGGUGACAUGAAAUCAGCUAGGACGUUGUUUAACUUGGUUCCUAAAAAGGAUGUAGUCUCGUGGAAUUCACUAAUAACUGGGUUUGCACAAAAUGGGCUCGGAAGGGAAGCACUUAUUGCGUAUAGGAGGAUGAUAGAAGUAGGGAUAAAGCCUAAUGAAGUGACGUUUCUUGGUGUGCUGUCUGCCUGUUCCCAUACUGGUUUGUCAUCUGAAGGAUUAUAUAUUAUGGAGUCAAUGGAGAAGUCUAAUGAUAUUAAGCCUAGUUUAGAUCAUUAUGCAGUCUUGAUCGAUAUGUUUGGAAGAAAAAAUAGACUUGCCGAAGCAUUGGAUUUAAUAUCCAGGGCACCCAAUGCAUCAAAACACAUCGGUAUAUGGGGUGCAGUUCUGGGGGCUUGUCGAAUACACGACAAUUUGGACCUGGCUAUAAGAGCUGCAGAAACUUUGUUCGAGAUGGAACCAGAUAAUGCUGGAAGAUAUGUAAUGUUAUCUAAUGUAUUUGCAGCAGCAAGUAGAUGGAUGGAUGCCCAUAAUGUGAGAAAACUUAUGGAGGAAAGAGGUUUCAAGAAGGAAGUAGCACAAAGCUUCAUAGAAAUAAGAAACGUAAGACAUAAGUUUGUGGCAAGAGAUAAUUCCCAUAGUCAGAUGGGUGAGAUAUACGAGUUAAUGUUCAUACUACUAGAUCAUAUGAAAAAAUUUGGUUACAUGCUUCUUGACGAUGGUAUUUACUUUUAUGAUGGUUAGAGUACUUGAACUUUAAGCAUGAUUUAUUUGGAUCACAGCGUUGCAAAUGUAUAGACAUUGAAGAAGCUAGCAAUUUUAAGGAAAGAAUUUGAGAAUAUGAAGCUACACGAUGAAGCUACAAGGCUGAAAAGGAGAGAUUGCUAUCAAGUAGGAUACCUUUAUUUUUAUUUAUUCUUUUAACAUAUAACUAAGAUUGGGGUGGUCAUGGAUAAGAAUAUUCAUCAUUCAGCAUUUCAACAUGGAUAAUAAUAACUAAGAUUGACUCUCAGGGUUUUGAUUUUGCUGCUUUUCGUUCUGUAAUCCUCUAGUAAUAUUUUUGUUACUGGAAGUAAAAUUUCUGGGUGCUGAGGUUUGAUCGAGCUUUGUCUUAUGAAUUAGUUUGCAGAGAUGAAAUUGAGAAACAAUUUCCUCUCAAGAGGGAAGCAUUGUUCCUUUGUUAUGUCUGCUCUUGCAUUCACCAUCGUGGUGUUGUGGGCGUGGGGGGAAAAUUCUUUUAUUACCACUUCUCAGUCAGUUCAAGCAUGGUAUAGAACUUCUUAUUCAGGGUUCAUGGUAGGUUCCACAUACAGUUCUGUAAUACCUGACACAGUAAAAGAGAAUACUGAAAAAACAUAUUCAAAUUCAAGUACAAAAGAAGAGACCGUAAAAGAUGAUGCACAUUCAGAAGUUACACUCACAUAUGCUGCAUCCACAAUAAAUUUUAACAGGAGCAAGAGUAAUGAGAACAGUAAGUACUUAGCCCAAACUAGUGGUGCUGCUUUCGAAUCUACUUUAUAUUUUUAUUUCUUAAACUUUUCAGCCUGUAGCUAUGGAAAUGGUGAAUGGGUCCUUGAUGAUAGUCAACCAUUAUACUCUGGUUUUGGAUGUAAGCGAUGGUUAUCAGCAACAUGGGCUUGUAGACUGACCGAGCGGACUGAUUUUUCCUAUGAAAGAUAUCGUUGGGUUCCCAAAGAUUGUGAAUUGCCAGCAUUCGAGCGGUCUGAAUUCCUGAAAAGAAUGCAGGACAAAACCAUUGCAUUUAUUGGCGAUUCAUUAGGAAGGCAGCAAUUUCAAUCUUUGAUGUGUAUGGCCACGGGUGGGGAAGAGAGUCCUGAAAUUAAAGAUGUAGGAAAAGAAUAUGGUCUUGUCAAAGCUAAGGGCGCUAUUCGUCCAAAUGGAUGGGCAUAUCGUUUUCCGAGUACCAAUACUACUAUUUUAUACUAUUGGUCAACAAGCCUCAACGAGUUAUUGCCAUUGAACAUGUCAGACCCAGCCACUGAGGUAGCCAUGCAUCUUGACCGUCCACUAGCAUUUUUGAGAAACUUCCUCCAUUUGUUUGAUGUGUUGGUUCUUAAUACUGGACAUCACUGGAACAGAGCAAAAGUUAGAGAAAAUAGGUGGGUGAUGUACAAAGAUGGAAUUCGUAGUGAACUUGAUAACUUGAAAGAAAUUGACACCGCUAAGAAUUAUACUGUGCACAGUAUUGUCCAAUGGCUAGAUUUGCAACUCUCCUCUCAUCCUCGACUCAAGGUUUUUUUCAGGACCAUGUCUCCUCGCCAUUUUCACAAUGGGGAAUGGAAUAACGGAGGUAGCUGUGUCAAUACCACACCGUUAUCAAGAGGAAGCAAAGUAGAACAGAAUAGAUCAAGCGAUCCAAUUGUUGAGAGUAUUGUAAGAGGUACACAAGUAAGGAUGUUGGAUAUAACUGCUCUUUCCGAUCUGAGGGAUGAGGCUCACAGAUCCCACUACAAUAUCAAAGGAACUUCGGGUGGUAGUGAUUGCUUGCAUUGGUGUCUUCCCGGUAUUCCGGACACAUGGAACAUGAUUCUUCUUGCUCAAAUAUAGCUUCGUUUGUCUUAAAAGUUCACUUUUGGACAUUCAGCUUUGCUUCCUAGUAAGACAUCUUAAUUUGUAGCCUCGAAGAUGAUAACUUUGAGGUGGGUUUGUUAGCUAGGAUACUCUUCUCAAUUAAAUAUUUGUUUUGUAUGAUAAAGAAAAUAUAAAUGAAUACACUAUUAUUUCAAAU